AGGGUGAUUGUUGACCAUGCUGCGAGUGGGCAGAGGCAUGGCUGGAAUUGCACCCCCAUCUCAAUGCUGCGAUUAAGACACUCACUGCCUCAGCUGUAUUGUACUAACAUAUCCUCAAAGGCUAAUUCUUUGUGAUGCUGUACAGGAAACCCAUAACCUGAAGCAGGAAUCACAAUCUUUGCCGGAACCAGAAAGUCAAGAUCCUGAUCCAAGAGAAGAACAAGCUCCUGACACUGAUAACAGAAACAGUGAAGUUGUGGAAAGCCAAGAGGACGGUGGCGCAGAAGAGAAUACAGUUAUGAACUUCUUCAAAACGCUAGUGACUCCCACUAAAACACCCAAAAAGGAAACAGCCACUGGUGAUGCCACGAAGGAUCAGUCUCAGAUGAGUCAACCAGCAGCAGCUGUUACUGCUGCACCAGCAUCUGAUCCAUCCGCCGCACCCAAAGCUGUGCCUGUUCCACCACCCGCUCCUCCAGAACCACCAAAGGUUGAAAUCAAAGGGGAACCACCUGCCAGAAGUACAAAACCCACACCAAAAGAAGAACCAAAAGAUGCUGCAAAGGAACCCGAGUCUUCAAAGGGAAUAUCAGCCAAAAUCAGAUUUGGCAGCCUCUUCCGUCCAAAGGUACUGCUAGGUAUCAAGGCAUCUAAAGGUGCUUCAUCAAGUGGAGCCAAUGUCCCAGCAAAGACUGCAACGUUGACAAUCGAGGCGGCGUCACAAGCUGUUGUAGACAUAAAGGAAGCAUUACUGAACGGGCCAGAGCCAGACGCUGAAGACCAGAUUGAAAAUAAUGUUACGCUUCAGGAGAUAGCAGAGGAUCUGCUGCAGCUUGCAGUGGGAGACCAGAUGGGGGAAGAGUCACCACAGCCAGUGGUAGAAUCAGAGAAGCCAGAUGCUUCAAAAACUGGUACUCUAGAGGCCGCUGCGAAGCUCGAGCCUCCUCCACCUGCGCAGGAGGAAAAGAAAGCCCCGUCAAAGAUAUCCCUCUUUUCUGCCUUCAAAUCAAAAACAGCUGAAGCCAAAAAGCAGACGCCUGCGCCACCGCCAGCAGCAGAAGCAGCUCAGGUGGCGAAAACCAAGGAGGAGCCCAAAACUGCUGCCAAGACAGUGGAGGCUGCUGUGGACAACAAAGCAGCUUCAGGGGUCACCAAACCCGGAGAUGAUGCAGCCAAAGUCCCCGUGAAACAGGAGAAGACAAACUCGAAGCAGUUCCUUUUUAAACUCCUGCAACAGAAACGUCCCUCAACAGAUGCUGGGGUCCAGACAGAAUCCAUGACUGCUGCACCAGCAACUGAGAAGGCCAAAUGAAACCAAAAACAACAAUGAAUUUCUUUGUAUAUUCUCUCUCUGUCUCUGUCUUUCCCCUCUCACGCCCAUCCAAUUUGAAUUAUUUUAACUAAAUAUUUGUUUUGUUACGUUCUGAUAGUCACAAUACAAAGGGAAGAGCUGUAAAGAUAAAAGUAAGUAAGGCUGAAGAAGACGAAGAGUUGACGGAUGG